AUGACUGAGCCCUUCAUGGAUAUAACACAAGAACAAGUGGAAAACAUCCGCCAACAGAUCCAGGGAAAGCUUCAGGAUGAGCUCAUGGCGGAUCUUGACGCUUCCCUGACAGCAGAACCUAAUGACAUCAGGUUUCGGCAUAAUGCUCACUUUUCGGAUGGUGUCCUCAAAAUCUGGUGCGAGGACGCUUUCACGUUGAGCUGGUUGACUAGAACAUGUGAUGUCAUUACCUCUCCUAUACCUGACACCAAGUUGGUGGUUCGGCCUCAAUCGGCAAUUCCGAAAAAGGUUCCUUGCCUACUCCAUGUACCAGAAUUUACUGGUAACACGGAUACUUUAAGGAAACUAAUAACGAGGCAGAACCGCCACCUUAACAUUAGAUCAUGGAUCCUGACGCACGAACGAAGAACACAUGACCGGACAGAGAAGAGUCCUCAUAGGCCCCCUGUACCGGUCACACCACCUCUAACCACCGCCAGUACAUCGGCGUACAAUUCCACGUCAUUGACAAGGGAUGCUGGGGCCGGCCGAGUCACCGAUACCCACGCCCCGAUGGAGGCGGUACAACAACCACCUUCACGGGAACACGCACCCCGAUUGACAUGUAUCGGUCUGGCUUCCGCCUACUUACCGGGUGACGAGGCCAUGCCCACUUCAGAACGCAGCCGUCUGGUUGAAUACUACGAGAGGGAGAAACUGAAACUCAUCAUCGCGGCAGACUCCAAUGCACAUCAUACGCUAUGGGGUAAUGCCAAUACCAACGCUCGAGGUUGUAUAAUUACUAACGAGCAGUCAUGGAAACCCUAUUCAGAAAGAGUCACGGUCAGCUCAGACUGGCAUGUCGCUGACAAAAUAAUCACCAAAGAAAAAGUAACAUGGGCUAUCAACUCCUUCCUACCAUUUAAAGAGGCUGGUUUGGAUGGCAUUUUCCCAGGUCUACUAAGCUUAGGCAAAUCAACAGAAUCAUCAUUCCACAAAAUUCUAUCUCGCAUUGGCAACUCUGAAACCCUUGGAGCAUUUAUUGACAUUGAAGGUGCUUUUGACCAAACAAAUUUCAUGAGAAUAACGAGAGCACUAGUGACAUGUGGAGAAGCAUAA